AUGGGCUUUGAUCUGGAACGUUUUGAGAGUCCCGUGGAUCCUGAUUUCAUCUGUAAAAUGUGUGGGAAAGUUUUAGAGGAUCCUCUUACCACUCCUUGUGGACAUGUCUUCUGCGCUGCCUGCGUGCUGCAGUGGCUCACCAAAGCCAACAACUGCCCUGUCCGGUGUCAGAAGAUCUCCACCAAAGAGCUGAACCACGUCCUGCCCUUAAAAAACCUCAUUCUCAAACUGGAUAUCAAAUGCGAUCACAGCGAACGAGGCUGCAACAGAGUGAUGAAGCUCCAGCAUCUGCCGGUGCACGCAGAAACGUGUGACUUCUCUCCGGUUAGAUGCAGGAAUAAAGGAUGCGACACAGUGCUCAGUCUGAAGGAUGUGGCGGAACACAUGCGGGAUAAAUGCGAGCACAGACCGGUGGAGGUCUGUCAGGAUGGAUGCGGGCUGAUGCUCACCCUCAAGGAGAAGUCGGGGGACCACUGUUGUCUUCCAGCGCUUAAGACGCGCAACGGGUUUCUCCAAGCCGAAGUGCUGAGUUUGGAGAAGAAGCUGAAGCACCAGUCCUUGAAGUUCAGUAACAGGGAAAGAUCUCUCCUCUCCAAACUCUCUGCGCUUCACUGCGAGCUGCACAUGACGGCGCUGAGAUUUCAGAAGAAAAUCACCGAGUACAAGAGCAGGAUUGAAGCGCUGUCAAACAGCCGGAGCCCUAUGAAUCAGGGAGAAGAAACAAGGAGCUUUAAAGUCACCCUUGACAGAGCAUCAGGAUCUCUUGGAUUAAGUAUUAUUGGAGGAAGAUUGUGUGAGGAGCUGAAGCAUCUCAGUGAUGGGAUCUAUAUAUCCAAGGUUGUGGAAAAUGGACCAGCAGACAAAGGAGGACUAUUGGUUCAUGACAGGAUCCUAGAGGUAAAUGGAAGGAACCUUUCCCUUGCCACACAUGAUCAAGCAGUAGAGGCCUUCCAAACAGCCAAAGACCCCGUUGAGGUUCAGGUACUGCGCAGGACGGCCCAUAACAAGACUUUCAAGGCUCUUGCACCAGCCCAAGGAGUGGACAACAGUACUCAGACUAACAUUACUCUGAAAUAUUUGACACAUUUAGAGGCUAUUGGCAAGUUGCCCUUGCCUCCAACGAAACUAGGUUCGGCCAUGCUGGACAAUUUUAUUUUACCCACAGAGUCUCAAAUUGUAAGACGUGAUUAUCCUUACCCCCCAGACUUCUUCGAGGGCAUACAGAAAGACAUUGAAAGCAGAGGACUGGAAUAUGAGGAGGUAGAUCCUCAGAGGAUAACAACACAGGAUAAGCUCAGCCUGACGUUAUGUUGCAAGACAGGCAACGAGACAACUGCGAUUUAUGUUAGAGAGACUGAUCCAGAAGGUAUUGCAGCAAAGGAUGGCAGAGUCCAGGAAGGAGACAAGAUUAUCCAGAUCAAUGGAGUGGACAUCCAGAGCCAUGACAAGGCAGUGACACUUAUGACCAGGAUGGAGAGUAAGAAUGUGACCCUCGUAGUGGCUCGACCAGAAAGACAGGAUGAUGGCUGGUUGGAGGAGGACAGAAACAACUUUCUGGAUGACUUGCACAUAGACAUGCUUGAGCAACAGCAUUAUCAGGCCAUGCAAUUCACUGCCAGUAUGCUGCAGCAGAGCAGACAAGAUGAUGGAGGCACUACUGAUACAGCAACCAUACUGUCCAAUCGUCACGAGAAAGACAGUGGUGUGGGCCGCACAGAUGAAAGCACUCGAAAUGACGAAAACUCAGAGCAGGAAAUCUUGGGGGAUGACCAGACUUCUGCUUGCGACACUCUCCCAGGAAACCACAAGUUCAACUAUAGCCAGGAAACUGUGGGAAGUGGGGACAUGCACCUAAGCAAUGACUCCUUCCUGUCUCUUGACAAUGGAGACAGUGGAAAUUUCCUUGGUAUACCUGACAUGGCAUGUGAACACUUCCAGAAACUGCUUGAACUUAAAUGCUUGGUAAAUGGCAACAGUCCUUGUGGAUUUCUGGAGCACGAUACCAGGUUAUAUGAAGGAGUUAGUCUGGAAUGUGAUGAACAGGAGAUUCAGAUGCUCAAUAAGGAAUUGCUGAACAUUGAACUGGAAUGCCUGAGCAUCAUACAAGCACACAGGCUUCACACAGAAGUAGAAGGGCAGCAACCUAGUAAUGAGUCCAAUAAAAUGCACUUCACUGAGCAAACAAGUUCAGACAAAGUCCAUCAAGACCUCAUCAAUAAGCAAGUGGAAAAGGACAGCUCUAGCGCUUACUAUACUGGAGAGAACUGUUGGAGCAUACAUCCAGCUCUCGUGAUUUCUCCAGACACCCAAAGCACAGUUACUGAAGACAGAGAUGGACACAACUUAACGACAGCAUGCUCCAAGCAUGCUCUUUCUCAUAUUCAGGAGACCAGCCCCACCAAGAGGCAUCCUUCCCUAGGAAAUUCAGAGGUCAUGAAUGUGGGAAAAAGAAAGCAAAGCGAGAAGAGGAACCCCAGGAAGAGUCUUUUGUCUUCCUCUCAUCAUUCCUCAUUUAAGCUUCACAACAUCCCAGCCCAUGCGCAACAUUACCAAAGCUACAUGCAGCUUAUCCAGCAGAAGUCAGCUGUGGAGUAUGCCCAGAGUCAGGUCAGCUUAGCCAGCCUGUACAAGAACCCAGAGACUUGCCCCACUGAUUCCAGGCCCAAGAUGGAGUGGAAGGUAAAGAUCCGUAGUGACGGAACCCGGUACAUCACCAAAAGGCCAUCUAGGGACCAGAUGCUGAAGGAGCGUGCUUUGCGCAUCCGAGAAGAGCGCUGCAGCAUAACAACUGACGAUGAUGCGGUGAGUGAACUGAAGGUGGGUCGAUACUGGAGCAAGGAGAAGCGCAAGCAGCAUGCAGCGCGAGCCAAGGAACAGCGACAAUGGCGGGAACUCCUCAAGAAGGGCCGUACGGAGAGCAAGGAGCAUGCAGGAGCUUUAGAUGACAAGAAGGAGCCUGAUAUUAUACAGCUCAGCCACAAAAAGAUGAUGAAAAAAAGGAACAAGGGGAUUUUUGACAACUGGAUGACCAUUCAAGAGCUGCUGACACAUGGUGCAAAGUCAACAGAUGAGACGAGACUAUGUAAUUCCUUCCUUUCCGUAACUACAGUUUAAGGGAUUUAUUGGUUUAGGGCACUUAUAGUUUACUGUGUAAAUUAAAGUUGGUGUGGGGAAAUCUUGCCUCAUUUAAGGAGGGAGUUCAUUUAGGGAUGUAUGACGGGUUACAGAGAUUUGUAACACCACAAUUGGAGUGCAUAGCUCCAUUUUCAACUGUGGUAUAUAUACACAUAAAACGCUUUUCUACCAUCGGGCCGAACAGUUCCAAUAGCAAUUCCAUUUGAGCAUGGUUCAGCACAGUUCGAUUACAAACUGUUCUCGGCCAGGAAUUCUCUGCAUGAUUAGCUAACCGUGCAGGAGGAACACCUGAAGUGAAGUAGCAACUCAAAUUGGUCAAAUGCCCAGUCAGUCCAUUCUAAUUUAGAUUUUGCAGCACCACAGUGGAAAAAACCAUGCCAACGACCAUGGAUCGGUAAAUAACAGCACUUUUCUGCAGUGAAAACCAUUGGUCCAAUGGUGGAAAAGUGCCUAUGCUUGAGUAAUUAAACAAAAGGCAAAUCUUUGUCAUUUUUUUUUUUUUUUUUUCUUUUUACAAAGUGCUGAUUUCAUAUCUCAAUACUUUUUGGAGAAACUAUGAAUAAUUUUCCACUGAAAUAUUUUAUUGAAAUUGACAGUAGUAGAAUAACUAAUGCAGACCUAUUUUAUGUAAAUUAUUAGCUCUUAAUUGUAAUAACUGCCAAUUACUUGCAUAUCACCCACUUAUUAAACCUGGUGGCUAUCACAGUACCACUGAAAAUACCUGAAUAGUUCAGAUUUAAAUAUAUAUAAAACAUUUGCUCUGAAGAU